GAUGAAAUGCUCACGUCUAAUUCGUCUACAGCGCCGAGGUGGCGUGGAGCUUGCAGGGAUGCCAAAGCGCGGGGACUCGGCAGACUUCGUCGGCAAACCGGUCUCCCUGACUCUCUUUUGCCAUGUCAAAGUCGGCAGUGUGCCUCGGCUCUCUCUGCUUUCUGCGACGGGCCUGUCACACAGCUGCAUACGUCGCCAGAGACGACCUCCGAACUCGUUGCCUUUUAAGUUGAUUACAGAUCAUUAGUGUUUUGCCAAGCAGGCGGGCCGGACGAGUCAGAGGGAAUGAGCGAGAGAAAGAGAGAGCGAAAGAGAGGCAGAGGGAGGCAGACGCCCAAUUCCGACCAUUCCGAAGCACCUUGUUGGUCAAGCUCCAGUGCUGUAAGAUGCUAUGCCAACUUGGGCUUGAGCUCCGUGUCGUGUCCACCGACGAUGCUCUCCCCAGACAUGUAGCGUCAACGGAUCGUCAACGGCUCCAGCUCCGGCCCCAAACCCCAGAAUUCAACUCCACAGGGUUGAUCAGUUUCCCAGGAGUUGUUCCUCUCCCCUCUUCCCCACACCCCGCAAAGCGUUCCCGUCUCUCGUCGUCAUUCCUGGAUCUAUCUGGAUUUGGGGUUCUCACUCAGCUUUUUUUCAACUCGUUUCGCGUCAUCUUGUCGCGUCCUCGGCCUCCACAGACGAGCUUCACCUCGGCCCAAUACCCUGUGCCUGCGGAUCUCAAGUGACCACCAACCGGCCUCUUAUCCUCGGUUCUACUCUGUCUGCUUUUUGAUUUUCGACAAUGGCAUCCGCCGAGACGGUACAACCUGAAGGCCCCAAGACCAACCCUCAAUCUGAAGGCCCCAAGACCAAACCUCAGAACAAGGUCCGCAAGCGCGCUCCCAAGGCAUGCCUUUCAUGUCGCGCUCGGAAAGUGAGAUGCGAUGUGUCCCAACGUGGUCGCCCAUGCAUGAACUGCUACCUCGACAGUGAGACGUGUGUUGUGACUGGACGCGCUUCAAGAUUUCGCAGAGCACAACAACGAGAAGGCGCCGAAGACCCACAAACCUCGUGUCCUCCGUACGACACAGACAAUGGAGACCAGCUUCACCUUGUCAACCUUGCUCCGCCGUCAGGCGGCGACUCUCGGCCAGUGCCUUCCAACGAGUCCGAUGGUCAGUCCCAACCUUGCGAUCACUCACACACCGGCGACGACAUCCCACUAUCCACGUCCACUGCCCCGCCAAAGAGCCCGGUAGCAAACGACACGAACAGCCAUCAUCAUCCUCAUCAUCAUCAUCAACAACAACACAAUCAGCAGCAGCAACAACAACAACAACAACAGAAGCAACAGCAACAGCAGCAACAACACAAUCAUCGUGACCACGCUAAGCAAGCUCAUUUUCAAACGUUUUCAACUAUAUCGGCGGGCACGUAUGAAACACCCUCGUUUGCUCCUACAACGUUGGACAACCCAGCUUUCUCGAUACCAUGGGCUGCUGGACAGCAAAAUGGUCUGGGCAUAGAUGUCACCUACUCGUUCUACCCGUUUCUCUCUCUGGGCAACCUGCACGGAAUCCCGCCGCAAGAUGUCAACUACUUGGAGCUCCAGGGGUGCUUGCGGAUACCAACGCGCACAAUACUCGACGAGUUUGUGCAGCAGUACUUUCUUCACGUCCAUCCGUUGCUCCCCAUGCUCAACGAGGGCGACUUUUGGGACGUGUAUUGUUUGAAUCCCAACGGCUAUGUGCCGAAUGAAAAGUUGUCGCUCCUUGUCUUCCAGGCAAUGCUAUUCUCUUCUUGCAAUUUUGUUUCCCGACAGACCAUCAAAACGCUUGGCUUUCCCAGCAUCCGCGCCGCUCGGGCAGCAUUCUACCGGCGUGCAAAGCUCCUUUACGACCUCGAGUCCGAAUCUUCCCCUCUCGCCAUUUCACGGGCUGCUCUCCUUCUCUCCUUUUGGUCUUCUCCCACAUCUCCGGCCUUUCGCAAAUCGAACACGGCCUGGCUUUCCAUCGCGAUCCAGAACGCCAAGAUGGUUGAGGCACACCACUAUGCGACGCGCACAGCGCCGGACAAGAAGCGCAACCUUCUCAAGCGGCUCUGGUGGUGCUGCAUCAUCCGUGAUCGCAUCGUGGGCCUAGGCUUGCGUCGUAGUUUGCAAAUCACACGGGGCCAUUUCGAUUUUGACUUGGGUGAGAUGCUCGGGUUUUCCGACUUGUCGGAUGAGCUCGAGCGGAGCCGGGUGUACAACCCGGGCACGAAGCGGUGCUUGGCCGAGAUCUUGGAGCAGCUGGUUCAGCUUUGCAUUGUACUCACCGACAUUCUCAUUCUUGUGUUCCCGCUGGAUGAUCGCCCGGGCUGGGGUCGGGAGAUGCGCGCCGACGAGCAGGAUAAGGUCCGCGGGUGUAAGGUUGCGCUGCGAAGGUGGUACAAAGACGCCACCCUGCAGUUCCCCAUGUUCGGGGGUGGCUCCGUCGCGAGGAUGAAGUCUCCGGGAAACGAGUUCCAGCACGAUUCCGUCAUCUUGUACACCAACUUGAUGUACAUGUAUUAUCACUCCUCUCGAGUCGUUCUUAGCCACCAUGAAGUCCUUCAUCUCGCCAUCACCGCAGCUGCGCCGUCCUUCAACGCGAUUCCCACCUCGGACCUUGUCAUCAUUGGAGAGAACCGACACGAGCUCCAGGACGCCGCGUCUGGGGUCACCGAGUGUCUGAAAGAACUCAUUCAUCUCCGCCUCGCCCGUUGGCUCCCGAUUAGUGCCGUUGCGUGUACAGCGUUGCCGUUGGUCUUGCACAUCCUUGACGUGAAGCUCUCGGCAUCGUCGAGAUCUUUCGACCCCAAUACACAAUCCGCGCUCAAGCAGCACCGACUCAACAUUCUCAUCGAAGCCAUGAAGACAUACCAGCCCCAGUAUGAUGGCGUAGACUGGGUGAGCGAAACGAUCCGACACAUCGUCAACCUUGCGCAGAUAGACACGCCGCCGCCGGGGGCAGCCAAGAACACCAGCGAGGACAGUGCCGUGAUCGCAGACUGGACCGACAUUCUCGCCUCACAACCGAGUUCUUACCUCCGCCUCGCUCUGACGAUGGACCUCUCUCUAAGCAAGGGGCGCCUCCCUGAGGAUGGUGACUUUCCUGUCAGCCUCCGCGGUCUAUUUACCGGAGGUUUCAACCCGCUCAAAGCGCUUCUCGAGCGGAAACGAGAAGACAGCAGGAACAUGAGCGUGGCUUUGUCUGGGACUGCGGAGUCACUGACAGACUUUGAUGCCGCUGCGAUGCGUGUGAGCCUCUUUCGAAUGCAACCAGGAACAGUGACUACCAUUCCCUCAGACGAAGACACUACUUCGCCGUCAUCAGCGGGAGGUAAUAGCCAGGAAAGCGUGGCGGACGACACGUCCCCUCAGACCGCAGGGACAGAAUGUCAGUACCCCGCCCACGGCGGCGGAGAUGUCGACAUGGCGGACCGUCCGCCUUCGGAAGGGAUUGAUGGUCUGGCGGCCGAGGUCUUGGCGGCAUUUCCCCUGGAAGACCAGCCGGCCAGCGUGGACGGGGACUUUGACGGCAUGUACUUUGACGGCAUGCCUGGGCACGACGGGCCUGCGGGGUGGAUCGAGACGGCGUGGAACGAGCUUACGAAUGGGCCGGGUGAGGAGAGGGCGGAUCGAGAUACGGCGCGGGUCUUGCUUGACGCCUUGAGGGAAGGGGACUUUGCGGAGUGUGCAGCGUAGUUUGUCAGAACGAAUAACGAACCUUUGUCAUGAC